AUGGAAAAUCCUGCUCAUGAUGCAGAUGAGGUCACAUGCUCACCUGACCCAAAGCUACAGACGCAGGCCAUCAUCAUUCCGCUGCGGCCACCAACCGCAGGGCCUCGCUCGCAUCGCCUAGAUUUUUUGAGUCUCCCUUAUGAGCUCCGCCUAGACAUUUACGAGCUCCUGCUCCUCAGUCCGGAGCCCAUCAUUGUGUCAAGCAGCUGCCGCCAACUCCGAGUCAAGGUUGAGCCGCCGGAGCACCAGGUCGUCUACUUGCGCGCGCCCCGUCCGAGACCUCGCGUCGUGUCGCUCACCCAUGGAAAACCUCACGUCCAGAUUCUGCACUCAUGCAGGCAGAUCGAACACGAAGCUACCCCUAUUCUCUAUGGCCGGAACAAUUUCGUGUUUGGUUGGAGGUACCGUGCGAUGCAGAGGCCCCUGACCGACUCCAUUUUCCGACAUUUGCGUCUUUCAACACUGCUUCAGCUACACUCGGUCACAUUCCGGCCUGACUGUAAUUGUGACCAGUGGCUCAAGUCUCCCAAGAGUGUCAAAAUCCGUAUCACAAGUGACCUGGGUUGUAUGCAUCUCACUGCGCGGGAAGAUCACCAGCAAGCAUCUUGGAGCAUCGACAAAUUCUUGUGGCAGACCGUCGCCGAGAAGAGCAGAGUUUAUGCCUUUUGCAACACUAGUACUGGGGAGCGGAUUCUCAUAUGA